AUGCGACCAUUCCUCGAGGCCGGCCUUCGAAACUGGCAUAGAAUGCUAGGACUCCCUCAACAGGCCACCCGAUUUUGGCACCGGGAUCGCCUUCGCAAGGAACUUCGUGAGGCGCCUACGCCAUUACUGAAGCUCAGCGAGUCUUCCGAUGUCUUCUUCAGCAUCAGUCGGGCUCGUUACGACGGAUUUGCCAUCCGGAGCCUGCCCUCGCUGGCUCCUCCACGUCACCUCCUGGUAUACGCAUACAUGCUGGGCAAAUUCACCAUGAGGUGGGCGUUCUACAGGACCGUCGCCGUCCUCUGCAAGGCCCCGAACCGCCAGAUGGUGAACGAAGUUGUCAACCCCGGUAAAAACCAUAAGCUUUUCGAGGUCGCCACGCGCCACAACAUCGAUUCGAAGAAGUUCUUGCGGGUUGGCCUCCUGGUGCGUCGUGUCUGGCCUCUACUUCCGUAG